CUUUGCUGCAGUCAUGGCAAAGGGCUCUGCUUCCCUCCCGCCCCUGCGCGCUCCCUGAAUUUCUGUCUGGCCUGAGGCUGGGCUCAUCAGCUGAAUAUUUUUUCAGGGAAUGAAAGGGAAUGGGGUAAAAAAUUAUAAUAUCGGCUACAUCUGCCUCCGGCUUUCUUGAUUGCUCACAGUUGCUCUGGACUGGCACUUCACGCUGUCUUCCAAAAUCUGUAGAGCCUUCAGCUCUGCCAGUUCGUUUCCUGCCUUCAGUUGAUGCUUUUUUUCUUCUUUUUUUUCCUCUCUCCUAACUGCACAUCUUCAUUACUGGGAAAAAACUUUCAAAGUUGGGGUUGGAUUUGAGUGCCUUCAGAUCAUACAAGUGAGAGAGUAAGAUAAAAAAUCGAUCUUGAAAACUGAGGCUGGCUCCAUGUAUCCGGAAUCGACCACUGACUCCCCUGCUAGACUCUCGCUGAGACAGACGGGCUCUCCAGGGAUGAUUUACAGCGCUAGGUAUGGGAGCCCCAAGCGACAGCUCCAGUUCUACAGAAACCUCGGGAAGUCCGGACUGCGAGUGUCCUGCCUCGGCCUGGGGACAUGGGUGACUUUCGGAGGGCAGAUUACAGAUGAGAUGGCAGAGCAGCUGAUGACUUUAGCGUAUGACAAUGGCAUUAAUCUCUUUGAUACGGCAGAAGUCUAUGCUGCUGGCAAGGCUGAAGUCGUGCUAGGAAGUAUUAUUAAGAAGAAAGGCUGGAGACGAUCCAGCCUGGUCAUAACCACCAAAAUCUUCUGGGGAGGAAAGGCAGAGACGGAGCGAGGCCUGUCAAGAAAGCACAUCAUCGAAGGCCUGAAGGCUUCGCUGGAGCGGCUGCAGCUGGAGUACGUGGACGUGGUGUUCGCCAACAGGCCGGACCCCAACACGCCCAUGGAGGAGACGGUGCGAGCCAUGACCCACGUCAUCAACCAGGGGAUGGCCAUGUACUGGGGCACGUCGCGCUGGAGCUCCAUGGAGAUCAUGGAGGCGUACUCGGUGGCGCGGCAGUUCAACCUCAUCCCGCCCAUCUGCGAGCAGGCCGAGUACCACAUGUUCCAGCGCGAGAAGGUGGAGGUGCAGCUGCCCGAGCUCUUCCACAAGAUAGGCGUCGGCGCCAUGACCUGGUCCCCGCUGGCCUGCGGCAUCGUCUCCGGGAAGUACGACGGCGGCAUCCCGCCGUACUCCAGAGCCUCGCUGAAGGGCUACCAGUGGCUGAAGGACAAGAUCCUGAGCGAGGAGGGCCGGCGGCAGCAGGCCAAGCUGAAGGAGCUGCAAGCCAUCGCGGAGCGCCUGGGCUGCACCCUGCCCCAGCUCGCCAUCGCCUGGUGUCUGAGGAACGAAGGCGUCAGCUCCGUGCUGCUCGGGGCCUCCAACGCGGACCAGCUCAUGGAGAACAUCGGAGCAAUACAGGUUCUUCCAAAGCUGUCAUCUUCCAUCAUCCACGAAAUCGAUAGUAUCUUGGGCAAUAAACCGUACAGCAAGAAAGACUACAGAUCCUAACUGUGCACACCGUCCACCCGGACUCACCGUCAAGUCCUAGUCUCCCGUUCGCUUGCUUAAGCUUUGUUGAAGCAAAGUGGAGAGUGUGGUUUGCGUCAAGAACACAACACGUCAAGAUGUUAUAGAGAAAUUGUUUAAAAUGUUGCUGCAAGACAACAUAUGCUUAUUAUGUAACAUUUUUUUUGAAUGCAAGAAAAGUCACUGGUUGGGAAGAGCGCGAAAGCAAUUGCACCCUAGCUGUUUAGCCUCUGAGCUUCCUUUUUAAACGAAGAAACUACCUUUUUUCACAAACACACAAGACGUCACUGUUUCCCAUUAGUUCAGUUGCUUGAAUAUUCAGCUCUGGCAUGUAACGCAUUUCACUGGAAGGACACUAGUCUCCGGCCAGCUUUCCAGCGCGCAGGCUAACGUGAGCCUGGAGGACUCUGGCUGCGAGAAGCACCUGGGCAUGUUAGAAACAGCUGCUUCGGACUACUGCACGCGUCUCCCGGCGGCUGCUGUUCUGUCGUUUCUGCGUCCGGGGGGCUGACGGGGAAGGUUUUUAUUCUGGGAGGUAUUCGGAGCAGAUCAGCCCCGCCUCUGAAAGCUGUAGGAGUUCGCAGCCCCUUGUCCGGCACCUCCUGAGACCCCGGCGCCGCUAGGGCACGCGCCGCGGUGGGACACGCUUUCCUCUGCGCAGCGCUGGGCCACGCUCCCGGCCGCAGCCCGGCCGGCCCCCAGCCCCGUGGCCCGGCAGCCCACGCACCACCCGGCCGUGAGCCGCGGUGGGACGGGCCGCCGCUAGAGCCCAGAGCCCUAGAGCAACGCGGUGCUUUAACGUAGAUAGCCCGCAGGAGUCGUUGCUUUCUAACGCAUUAAUUUUAGGUUCCAAUUACAAACUUUCGAUCGAUUGGUUGCUCUAAGACACAAAAAAAUCUUCUCUGUAACUGGGGUCCAAGAGACGUCGGGCUUUAACGCCAGCUGCUUCGUUCCCCGCGCCCCGGGCUGCGGCGCGAGCAGGCCCUGCGGCUGCCCGGCCCGUCGCGGCGGCGUGAAGCGGGGCAGGGGCACGCGGCUCACGGGCGCUCGGAGGGCAGUGGCGGCGCAUCCGCGCCAGCUGCACGCGGUAAAUGAUGGUGACGCGCAGUCGAGCCGGGGGAGGGCCUGGGCAGCGACGGCGCCUGCCCUAGAGGCGGCGAACGCUGCGGGUUUAGCCGUGCUGUUACCCCUUUCCGAGCCCGCCGGCUCGGCCCCGCGCGGGGCUUGCUGACGCUCCUCCGGCCCGGCGCGCCGCUCACGCUGCCGAGGCGCCGCAGAGGGCGGCGCUGCGGCAGCACCGGCACGAGCUCGCGGCUGCAGCACUGGGGCGAGCUCGCGGCUGCUCCCACACACCAGACAGACACUGUGGGGCCUGGGGUCUGCGAGGCGAUAGCCGCAGGGGGUCGUGUUCCAUUAUGCACACAAAAUAAAUACACGUACGGUUAUUAGAGUAACUCAGCGUCUUCUCGUAACCUCCGCAGCCCGGGGGAAAGCGAGUAGCGCCGGGGAGCAGCAAGCUCUUCUGUCGUCCGGCUGCCGCGUGACCCAGGGGGCAGAAGUAUUCCAGUGCUUCAGGUUACCGGAACCAUAUCCAGUACGAAUCUUCCAUUUAAAGGCAGAUUAAUACCAAUAAACAGUGAUAAAAGCA